UUUGAGAGAUUGUUUAUUCACUUCUUUGCAUCUUAGUCAUGAAAACAUCAUCACCUUCAACUCUUGCCCUAGUUUUAUUCUAUCUUUGCAACAUCUUUUACUUAGAGGCUUUCAAUGGUGGCUUUAGUGUGGAGAUGAUCCACCGUGACUCAUCAAGAUCACCAUUCUUUAGUCCCACAGAAACUCAAUUCCAACGAGUUGCUAAUGCCGUGCAUCGUUCCAUUAACCGUGCCAAUCAUUUGAACCAAUCUUUUGUCUCUCCAAACUCACCUGAGACCACUGUUAUAUCAGCUCUAGGUGAAUACCUCAUUAGUUAUUCAGUAGGAACCCCAUCACUCCAGGUCUUUGGAAUUCUUGAUACGGGUAGUGACAUCAUUUGGCUGCAAUGCCAACCAUGUAAAAAAUGCUACGAACAAACCACUCCUAUAUUUGAUUCUUCAAAAUCCCAAACAUACAAAACCCUACCUUGCCCUUCUAAUACAUGUCAAUCUGUUCAAGGUACCUUUUGCUCCUCUAGGAAACAUUGUUUAUAUAGCAUUCAUUAUGUGGAUGGGUCACAGUCACUAGGAGAUCUUAGUGUGGAGACCCUCACUUUAGGCUCCACCAAUGGCUCUCCUGUCCAAUUUCCUGGAACUGUGAUAGGAUGCGGGCGUUACAAUGCUAUUGGCAUUGAAGAGAAAAAUUCCGGCAUCGUUGGCCUAGGGCGCGGACCCAUGUCCCUUAUAACUCAAUUGAGUCCUUCAACAGGUGGGAAGUUUUCAUAUUGUUUGGUACCAGGGCUGUCUACUGCAUCCAGCAAACUCAAUUUUGGAAAUGCUGCCGUGGUUUCCGGGCGUGGGACCGUCUCAACCCCAUUAUUCUCAAAAAAUGGACUAGUAUUCUACUUCCUAACCCUAGAAGCAUUCAGUGUAGGACGCAAUAGAAUAGAGUUUGGAAGCCCUGGAUCUGGUGGAAAGGGAAAUAUCAUAAUUGACUCAGGUACAACGCUCACUGCUUUGCCAAAUGGUGUUUACUCAAAGUUGGAAGCAGCAGUAGCAAAGACAGUGAUAUUGCAGCGUGUUAGGGAUCCAAAUCAAGUGUUGGGUCUUUGCUACAAAGUUACACCUGAUAAACUAGAUGCAAGUGUACCAGUGAUCACAGCACAUUUUAGUGGUGCAGAUGUCACUUUAAAUGCUAUCAACACCUUUGUUCAAGUGGCCGAUGAUGUAGUGUGCUUUGCUUUCCAGCCAACUGAAACUGGUGCCGUCUUUGGGAACUUGGCUCAGCAAAACCUCUUGGUUGGUUAUGAUCUCCAAAUGAACACCGUGUCCUUUAAGCACACAGAUUGCACUAAGCAAUGAUUGAUUGUUGUUUAACUUAGUCUAAGUUAGUUGAUUAAAUAAAUUUUCACCAUUUUUUUUUGUGUUCCAAAA